GUAUGGCGUUGAACUGUUCAUUUCUCACCAUUUUUUCCCGCAUUAGCACGCUCCGAGGAAGUUGUAUCAUUUUUUUCCCUUUGGUGUUUUGUCUUGCCCGUUGAGAUGGUCUUACAGCUCCUCCGUUCCCGCAGUCCUCCACCGCUCCACGCGCCGGGAACUCUUAAUCGAAGAUUCGUAGAUUUACAGCCCAUCAUAACUCUGCCAUCACCACUGUUAAUCCUCGCCCGGCACUCCGUAAGGGACUCACGGCGGCAUCUCAGAGCCCUCAUCCAUGGAAGCUCAAAACCCUACCACCACGGAAGCUCGAAUGGACAAGCUGGAAGCCCAUAUGAUGGAGUUGAGCCGCGAAAUUGAUACAGGAUUUCAAGCUAUUCAGGAGAAAUUAAGAGUGGAGCUGUCCAAUUUCAGAGACGAGGUGAUGGAGGCUCUCAGAUCCGCUCCUAUGGUGGUGGCUCAAACUCCAGGGUUAUCUUCAAUCCAUGGGCAAGAUGUUCAAAUUCCAAGUGAAGAGCUAGUGAAGAUCGACAGAGAUUUCGAUGUAGUAAAGACAGACCCAAACGUUGAGAAGAUGGUGGAUGAAUCAGACACUAGAGUUUUGGGAUCAUUUGAUGCUGAAGCUGCUAAGCUUCAGGCCUUGGUGUAUAAAGCUAUUAAUAAUCUGGAAAGUAAUAAGAAUAAGAAGGAAAUCAAAAUUCCAGCCAAUGAGAAAAAGAAUCCGUUGUUUUGGAACGAGGAGGAAAUGAAGGCACAUAAGGCUAAACGGCAGAAAGAAAUUGAAUUAUUGGAUUGGCAAACUGAAUUAAUGGAGUGGCAAGUUGGAUUUAUGAGUCUGAAAGAUGAAUUAAUGGAGGAGAACCUCGCAAUUUUGAAGGAAGCAGGUCCAAGCCGGAGAUGGCAAAGAAAGAAAUAGGUGAAGGGUAAGAAUGAUGACACAUUUGGCUUCAAAGUGGAGUGGCAAUUGGUGACUGGAUAUUGCUCUAGCUAGCAACAACUGUGAUCUACCUGAGAAAUGCCAGGAAAACAUAGAUCGGUAGUUCAACAAAAUAGGAAGCAAAGUUGCAUUUAUAAAUUGAUUAACGUAAGUCUGUAAUCUCUCAUGAAUCUCUAAACUACCAUUACAAUGCCUUAAAUUGCAAGGCCUUUUAGAUUCCAA